UGGUGGAACGAGCUCCCCACCGACAUCAGGACCUCUGACAGCCUUUACAUCUUCCGCCGCAGGCUGAAGACCUACCUCUGAGACAAUACCUAGGUUAAGUCAUGGUCUCCUAAAAAAACUAAAAAAAUACAAUAAAAAUGCUCUUCUUCUUUAGCAUAAAGCACUCCUGUAGCGAUUACAGAUGGCUCUUAAAGGUUCUGUACUUACUUGAUUCCUGUGGUCUAAGUCUAGAACCUUCAGGUUGAAUACACUACUACACAGCUAAAUGACAUGUAAUGUAAUGCAAUGUUUAUGUUUUCUAUGUACUACUAGAUAUUUACGGUGAACUUGAUGUCUGCCAGCGCAAACUCCGACACAAAAUGAAAAAGUUGGAGUACAUUUAUGAGGGAAUUGCGCAGCACGGGACCCAGACACUUCUCAACAAGGUGUACACUGAGCUCUACAUCACAGAGGGAGUCAGUGAGACGGUUAAUAAUGAACACGAGGUGAGGCAGAUCGAGGCAGCGAUCAGGAGACGAGCAACAGAAGACAAGCCAAUCAAAUGUGAAGACAUCUUCAAGCCCCUGCUUGGACAAGACCGAUUGAUCAGGACCGUGCUGACCAAAGGGAUCUCCGGCAUCGGAAAAACGAUCUCCGUGCAGAAGUUUAAUCUGGAAUGGGCAGAGGGAAAAGUUAACCAGGACAUCCAACUCCUUGUUAAUCUUCCCUUUCGGGAGCUGAAUCUGAUGAAAGAGCGACGCUCCACACUUACACAGCUUCUUCAUCACUUUCUCCCAGAGGCGCAGGAAUCAGGACUGUCAGAUUUUGGCAAGUACAAGCUUGUGCUGAUAUUUGACGGGUUGGAUGAGUGCCGACUUCCCCUGGACUUUGUCCACAACGAGCCAUGCCGCAGCGCCUCAGAGCCGGCUUCAGUCGAUGCUCUGUUGACGAAUCUCUUCCAGGGCAACCUGCUGCCCUCUGCGCACAUCUGGAUAACCUCCAGACCUGCAGCUGCACAUCGCAUUCCUGUUGGUCUGGUUGACCGUGUGACAGAGAUACGAGGGUUCAACGAUCCCCAGAAGGAAGAGUACUUCAGGAAGAAGAUCUCUGAUCAAGACAUGGCCAUGGAAGUCAUCACUCAUGUUAAGUCAACCAGGAGCCUCCAUAUCAUGUGUCACAUACCCGUGUUCAGCUGGAUAUCUGCCACCGUUCUGCAGAAGAUCUUAGAAAAAAUGGGAAGUAAGAAAAUGAAAGAGAAAAUGCCGAAAACUCUGACUGAAAUGUACACAAACUUCCUCCGAUACAACUCCUUGAUCAAAACACGUAAGUAUUCAGAAGGAGAGGAGGAGUUUCAAACAGAGUCCCAGGUGAAAAUAGACGAAGAGACGAUCCUGAAGCUUGGAAAACUGGCCUUCGAGCACCUGGUGAAAGGCAACUUGAUCUUCUAUGAGAACGAUCUGAAUGAAUGCAACAUCAACAUCACUGAAGCUGCUGUAUAUUCAGGAGUUUUCACACAGAUCUCGAAAAAUGAUGGUGGACUUCAUCUGGAGAGGGUCUACUCCUUUGUGCAUCUCAGCAUUCAGGAGUUCUUUGCAUCGAUUUACGUUUUUCACACGUUCGUCUGCUUCAAUCAGAACUUGCUGGAACCACAAGAGGCCACCGCUGUCCGGGAGGCUCGCAGUGACGCCACCGUCCUUCUCAAGAGCGCGGUGGAUAAAGCUCUGCAGAGUGACAACGGACACCUGGAUCUGUUCCUGCGUUUCCUUCUGGGGCUCACACAGACAUCAAACCAGAUGUUGCUGAGGAGAGUUCUGCCCACAAUGUGGAGCAGCUCACAGAGAAACGAAGAGAUUGCCGAGUACAUCAAGGAGAAAAUAAAGCAGAAUCUCUCCCUGGAAAGAUCCAUCAACCUCUUCCACUGCCUCAGCGAGCUGAAUGAUCGGUCUCUUUUGGAGGAAAUCCAGAACUACCUGAGCUCAGGUCGUCUGUCAGAGACGCAGCUGUCUCCCUCACAGUGGUCCGCACUCGUCUUCGUGUUGCUCACCUCAAAGGAAGAGUUGGAGGAGUUUGACUUGAGGAAAUAUUCAAGAUCAGAAGAAGGUCUUCUGAGACUGUUACCAGUGAUCAAAGAAUCCAGAGUAGCCCUGCUGAAAGAAUGCAACCUAACACAGAAAUGCUGUAAAGCACUUGGAGAAGUUGUAAGCAAUUCAUGUGUGAAAGAGUUGGACCUGAGUGAUAACGACCUGCAGGACUCGGGAGUGGACCAUCUGUCUGCUGGACUGGCGAAUCCAACAUGUCAGCUGGAAAAACUGAGGCUGCCGUUCUGUGGCAUCACAGAGAUUGGCUGUAACUCUCUGGCUUCAGCUCUGAGGAAAAACCCAACCCACCUGAAGGAACUGGAUCUGAGUCACAACCACCCAGGACAACCCGGGACGGAGCUGCUGUCCCGUUUACAAGAGGACACUGAAUGCCUCACUGUCAGUUUGAACGACAAUGCAGAAUGCUACCUAAAAUCCGCUCUGAGAAAAUAUGCAUGUGAGCUCACUAUGGAUCCGAACACUGCACAUUCACACCUGUCUUUGUCUGAAGACAACAAGAAAAUGACGCGAAUGGAAACAGCUCAGUCGUAUCCUGACAACCCGGAGAGAUUUAAAGACUGGGGACAAGUUCUUUGCAAAGAGGGUCUGAAUGCUCGGAGCUACUGGGAAGUAGAGUGGACUGGGGAAAAGACGGGUAUAGGGGUAGCUUAUAAAAGAAUAGCUGGAAAAGCAAAAGACAUCGAUGGUGUUCUUGGCAAAAAUAAUGUCUCCUGGUGUCUGCGCUACUGUCACGGCAAAUACAUGGCCUGGCACAAUGAUGAUGCAUGCCUGUGUGUCCCCUACUUCAACUCCAAAAGGGUGGGAGUGUUCUUAGACUGGUCAGCUGGCACUCUGUCCUUCUACGCUGUUUCAGCAAAUGCCAUGACGCAUCUGCACACGUUCCACUCUGAGUUCUCUGAGCCUGUAUAUCCAGGCCUCAGGCUGGGCUUUGCAGAUACAUCAUUAACUCUGUGCAGGCCAGAACACACUUAAAUACUGAAACCAUUCAGUUACCCCUCCUUUACCAAGCACCAAAACCAAUGCAAAAGUGCCUUACAUUUACAUUUAGUCAUUUAGCAGACGCUUUUAUCCAAAGCGACUUACAGGGGAAAAAAAGGGGGAACAAUCAACAUAUAGUGCAGUAAAAGCCAUUAGUGCAGCAAUAGGUGCUAGUGACAAUUCUUUAAGGAGUAGAAUUGUCGUGGUGCUAGGAGAGAAGCCUUAAACCUGCAUUCUUCCCAAUGGCCAGCAGGGGGUGACUCCACUUUAUUAACUUUAUUUAUCUAUGAUAUGUAGACAAGCUGAGAAAGCCAGUUGAAAGUGCAUCAUAGGAGCUUUCACACAGUAUGCCAUUUAUAUUUCUCGACCAUUUUUAAAAUGUGAAUUUUAUUUCCACAAUGAAAACUACUGUUAUAUUUAAUUUACAUGCAAAUAGAAGGUUUGUGUGGAGAAAAAGGAGCCAUGCAUGUGAUGUAAGGACAGACUGAAAGAUGCUGAACACAGACAGAGUGAAUGCAGAGGAAGUUGACAAAUUUGAAACAAAAUCUCCUGGACUUCAGAGGUUUAACUUGUUACCUCAGCAAACAGUUUUUUAAUGAGUUCAUGUUCUCAAUUGACUGUUGUCACAACUCCUCCCUCGACAGUCCUCGCCCAAUUCUACCUUAGCAACAGUUACUAAGAGAAGAAGGUCCGUCAAGCUUUGAGCUCUGAGCAACAAGGUGAACCGGUCUGACCCUCAGAGUUAGGAGUCAUUUUUCUCCAUUUCUAAAACCCCAAAAGCAAGAGGAGCGUUGCUAACUGUGGAUUAAACCUUGUGGGAGAGCCCACUACCUGCUAGUAGCUAGCUAACAUAGGCUAACUAACGAUUGUCUAGCUCUGUAAGAUGUGAUAACUCAAACUGGAUUUAACAGUCAUAGUUCCUGUCAACUAGUAUUAUUAACACUACUAGUGCAUAACUAGUCCAACAAAGUCUGUAAAAUUAGCACAGUAAGCUAGCUAGCAAUGUUGCUAGGAGCUUAACCCUCUGGAGUCCAUGAAAGCACCAGAGCAAGACUUUUAUCACGACAUUGUAACAUGAAACGAAGCAGCAUGGAGCCUUGCUGUCAGCUUUUCUCUAAAGUUCCCAUGUCCAAUUUAGUGCAUCAACUCUUUUUCAGCAAAGGUUGAAAAAAAAAACAACACGUUUUUGCAGAGCUUUUUCAAAUUUUGCAGUUUGCAUUCAGCAUUGUUUUGUCUUUAAUGUUUUUUGUGUGAUUUUUGUCAAUUUUUGUGUGUUUUUGUAAUUUUGUCUGUGUGUGUAUUUGGUUUGUUUUUGUGUGUUUUUUUUGUGUUGAAAACGUUGAUCCAGUAAGUCAAAAUGAAAAAUAUAAUAAUCAGGUCAUAUAGGUGAGGUUGUGCUGAAAACAACACCAACCAACCAAUGGUUGACACUUUUUAAGUUGUUUAUUCAGGCAGAAUGAAAAGGAGUCAAAAAUCGACAAAAUAGCCCCAAACACCAAAGUUAAAGUAGUGACUUCCAAGUUUUAAAUUAAAUUAACUUUAGUUGCUGUUUCCUGCGAUAAUGAAGGUAGAGAAAUGAAUACUCAUGAAAAUAUUAUAAAUUAAAUAAAAGAAAAUGUAGUUUUACUGUAAAAUCCCCAUCUUUAUUAUAAAAUAACUAAAUGACUCCACAAAGCUUAAAAAUAUAAUAUUGCAUAUUCCAAAAUCAUUGUGUGUUUGAUGAUUAUUGUACUUUAUAUUUAAAAUGAAAAAAGUUUUUAUUUUUUAAGGAUUUUGUUGUACAAAUGUUAUUUUUUUAUUCUGUUGUUUAUUUUACGUUCAUAGGGUGAAA